AUAGGCGUCAGCUUUGGCCUUAAACCCCUGGGCUGCAGUAACAUGAGGUAAGUUCGACAUGGACCUUCUUAUCAUCUAGCAAAAUAAAAAGAAAUAAUAUUAUAAAACCCGAAAAAAAGACGUCAGAUUUAUAUAAAAUAUAUAAAAAAUGCAUAUCCCUUCCCCCCUCUUUCUUUCUUUCUUUUUUUCAAGAGACCAUGAUGACCGAGUCUUCAGCAGUUAUGCCGAUGAAUGACGAAACGGUUAAAUUAUUGAAAAAAGGUCCCAUGACGAUACAGAAGCGUAAUUCAGUUUUUACAGUCAUACUUAGACCUCAUAACACCCACUUCCAAACAAGAACGCUAGAAUUAAGAGACAAAGUCCGUAUCCGAAUCGGCCGUCAGACUUCAGCAAAGACCACCCCUACAGCCUAUAAUGGCUAUUUUGAUUCCAAAGUGCUGUCUAGACAACAUGCAGAGAUUUGGUGUGAUAAAACCAAAGUUUUCAUAAAAGAUGUAAAGUCCAGCAACGGUACUUUUGUUAAUGGAUCCAGAUUAUCCAACGAAUGCGAAGAAAGCGAACCCAAGGAAUUAAAGAGUCAAGAUGAGCUAGAGUUUGGUAUUGAUAUUGUCAAUGAUAAUGGAGCAGUUAUGUACCAUAAAGUCUCUUGUACUGUACAUGUUUUCCCCGUGCCUUUAUCUCAGGUGGACGAUGGUAUUAUAAAAGAACUUUCGAAUCAGCACCCAGUACAAGUCUAUCCUGAUCCACAUUUGUCUCGAAAAUCAUCCACUUCGUCGAUCAAUACAGUAGCCACAGUAGAAAAUGGAUCUUUAGUGACAACGACAAAGCGAGCCAAAAAGCUGGAAAAUGUCCUCAGUAAAUUACAAGCAGAGAUAGAGAAAUCAAGACAAGUGGAAAAUGAGUUGAAAUCAAUCAAGGAUACAGUGAUGGAUUUAGAUAAAGUAUUCAAUCAAGAAAAGAUGAAAAAGAGCGAUGAACUCGGAGAAAAGCUGAGCUUGGCCGAAGCGAAAAUAAAGUCAUUCAAUGAAAAGUGGAAACAUCAGACACAAGCCAUUCAAACAGCAAAGCUCGAGUUACAUCGUUUAGAAAGAGAAUUAGCGGCUCAUGACGCUUGGAAGCUUGAAAAAGAAAAGCUGCUCAGCGAACUGGAACGAGAACAGGCCAAAACAAAGCUAUUACAAGAACAGUUAAAAAGACAGCAGUUUGGAUUUUUAGAUGCAUGCCAGAUUAAAAGCAUACAAUUUUUGUUUGCAGUGUUGAUUGGUGUUCUUUCGACACUGUUUUAUGUCUUGUUCAAUUAAGACAUGUUAUAUAUACUAUUAUUUAUAUCCUUAUUGUAUUUUUUCUCCCCCCAAAUUAACCCCUUCUAAUUC